AUGUUUGCAGCAAAUGAUUCUGAAACUGAAAUUUAUUAUGCUUCGGAAUCAUUACCCGAUCUCGACAGUGAGUUAGAGGAAAACACCAUGCAAGACGAAGAUAUAGAGGCAACUAGUGAUGCCGAGGAUCUAUCAAUUAGUCGUCAUUAUACCGAUUUUAAUACAACGAAUAUGGACCUAGAUGGCGAGUAUACUUCCGAAGAUGAAGAACGACGUCCUCGCGUGUCAGCAGCAUAUGGAAUCUUUCAACGUCUCGGAGUUCCAUAUACCGCUCGCCAUCAUCGCAGAUCAUCGUCGCAACGCAUCCGCGGCUUCUCUCCAUUAAGUUCGCGGGUGUCUUUGCGAAGGUCAAAUGCUAUUACACCUUCUUUUCUUUCACAACGUGUAAAGCAUAAUAGCGAACUAGGUUCAAAAACCAUAAAUGGCGUUGGUUCAAAGGAAUUAGGACAAUUUCAUUUACCUGAAUCUAGUUUUUUGCGUGCUGGGAUGACUUUUAAAGGAACACAAAAUUUGAUGAACACACAACCUUCACAGAGCAAUGAAGAAUGGGAAGUCAAAGUGACCGUUCAUUAUGUGAAUUAUAAAACUGGUACGGUCAUUGGGUUAAUGGAAGCUUUAAAUGUACCAUCUAGUUCAAAUACAGUUGUUACAUAUUGGGAGGGAGAGAUGAUUGAUUUUGUCAAUCAUUCACUUUGGACAGACAAAUGGAAUUCUACUCCAGAAAUUGAUCUUCAACAUUGGAAAAAGUUUGAUGCUUUUCGUCACAUGGAUGUCAGAAGUAUACUCAGAGGGACUUCUCGGGAGUGGUUUCAGGAGGCAUGUCAAAAAUACAUAUUUAUGAGAUGGAAAGAACAUUAUUUUGUCAAUGUGACCGCUCAAGAGAGUGGGUUAACUAUUGCCGGUUUUUAUUAUAUCUGUAUCAGGAGAAGUGAUGGAGCUAUCGAAGGUUAUUAUUUUGAUCCAGUAUCUACACCCUAUCAAAAGUUAACCCUCAAACCAUUAUUAGAAGGAAAUGGGGUUUCAUUCU